AUGGCAAAAGUAUUAGUGAAUACAGCAGUGUGCGGCGUCGGAGAAGAGGAUAAGCUUAGCGGAGGCGGAGACCGAAGGGAUCGCACGCUUCGGGAGGAGAGAGAAAUAGAGAGAGAGAGACGGAGGCGGAGGAAGCGGCGGUGGCGAGGCCUUGAGGGCGGCGGCAGGCGGUGGUGUUGCAACCAGGCGAGCGGCGGAUCGCGGACGAUGGAGGAAGAGUACGUUCGGAGGCACCACAGUCACGAGCCCGGAGACAACCAGUGCAGUUCCACCCUCGUCAAGCACAUCAGGGCUCCUGCCCAUCUCGUUUGGUCAUUGGUGAGACAAUUUGAUCAGCCACAGAAGUAUAAACCCUUCGUCAGCAGAUGCGUGGCGCAGGGUGAUCUGGAGAUCGGCAGUGUCCGGGAAGUCAAUGUCAAAUCGGGGCUUCCGGCGACGACCAGCACGGAGAGAUUGGAGCAGCUAGAUGACAAUGAGCACGUCCUCAGUGUCAAGAUUGUCGGCGGAGAUCACAGACUAAGGAACUACUGCUCCAUUAUUACUGUCCAUCCAAUGGUGAUUGAUGGAAGGCCAGGCACGCUUGUUAUAGAGUCCUUUGUAGUAGAUGUGCCAGAGGGCAACACCAAGGAUGAAACCUGCUACUUCGUGGAGGCCUUCAUCAAAUGCAACCUGAAAUCUCUAGCUGAUGUCUGCGAGCAAUUGGUGGAAAAGGCCAAACAACCCGAUGCAUAAACUCAUGAUUGAGAAGGUAAUGGGCACAAUGGGGGGUUUACAAGAUGAGCUGCCAAGAUCUUUCAAAUCCUUAAAGAAAUUCGAAAUUCUUGGUAUGUAAGUGAACAAUUAUAUAUGUUUGAAACUGAGUUGUAGCUAAAAAAAAAAAAAUUGUGGUUGUCGGUGGAUGGCGCACUGAAGCCAAGCACAUUUAGGCUUUACUGUGCAGAAUUGUCCGAGAUUUUUUUGGCUUCACUGUGCUUUGGUUUGUAUCGGCUCCAUGAUGUUGUGCCAAUUACAUGCAAUCCCAAUGGAGGACCAUGUGACUCCAAUAAUUGUGUUAUUUUGAAAGUGAGACCCCUCUCUUGUAAGCAUCUGUUGUUGAUGGUGAAGUAUAAUGGGUGGGGCUAAUAA